GUUGAGCAUGCGCCAGAGCGCUGCGCAGGCGACGUGCAGAACCUCAGUGGCCAGCGCGGCGCAAGCGUAAUGAAAUGGGCCCGAGUCUGCGCAGAUACAGAAGACUCAGGCGAGGCCGAGAAUGGCGGGCACAGGUUUAGUCGCCGGAGAGGUGGUGGUAGAUGCGCUGCCGUAUUUUGACCAAGGCUGCAGCGCUGGUGGAGGAGGAAACCCGCAGAUACCGACCCACUAAGAACUACCUGAGCUACUUGACAGCCCCGGAUUACUCAGCUUUCGAAACUGACAUAAUGAGAAAUGAAUUUGAAAGACUGGCUGCUCGACAACCGAUAGAAUUACUCAGUAUGAAACGAUAUGAACUUCCAGCCCCUUCCUCGGGUCAGAAAAAUGACAUUACUGCAUGGCAAGAAUGUGUAAACAAUUCUAUGGCCCAGUUAGAGCAUCAGGCAGUUCGAAUUGAGAAUCUGGAACUAAUGUCACAGCAUGGAUGCAAUGCCUGGAAAGUAUAUAAUGAAAAUCUAGUUCACAUGAUUGAACAUGCACAGAAAGAGCUCCAGAAGUUAAGGAAACAUAUUCAAGAUUUAAACUGGCAGCGAAAGAACAUGCAGCUCACAGCUGGAUCUAAAUUAAGGGAAAUGGAGUCCACUUGGGUAUCCCUGGUCAGUAAGAAUUAUGAGAUUGAAAGGACUAUUGUGCAAUUAGAAAAUGAAAUAUUUCAAAUGAAGCAGCAACAUGGCGAGGCAAACAAGGAAAACAUCCGGCAAGACUUCUAACAGACAGAUGAAUUCGGUGGGAAGCAAGGAAGGCAAGCUGGGCUUUCACAGAUUAGGCAUCUCAACUGUCAGGGAGAACAGCAUCUUAGGGGAACCAUUAUGGUUAAAUGUGUAUUGUAGAGUGUGGACUGUUAGAUUUGUGCAUUUUAGCAAAAUAAAAACUUUAAGCUUGGUGGGUUGGGUUUUGUGUGUGUGUGUGUGUGUGUGUGUGUUUUUUUUCUGUUUUAAAAACACCUACGCUUUCAAAAUAAGUAUGAUAGAAUAAUAUUAUAUCAUAGAAUUUAUUUUGAACCACUGGAACAUAUUUUGUAUCUAAGAGAUCUUUAUUGAAACUUUUUAACAUGUAGAAGAAGUUGAAAACUUUUGGUUUUUAUAUUUUCAAAUAAAAAGGUAGUUCUAAA